AUGUCAGUCAUUCGUCAAACCAUAUCACGUAGUCUUAGAAGCUCCCUUGCAAAGAGAUCCCCAUCUGUCAUAACAUCAGUCAGAUUCAACACCACCAACACCACCGCCGCCGCUGCACCAACUGAAUCAUCAUCACCAUCAUCACCAGUAGAUCCAAAGAUAACUCAAAUCGUGGAUCAAAUCUCCACAUUGACCCUUUUGGAAACGUCGCAAUUAGUUAAUGAAUUGAAAUCGAAGCUCAACAUCAGUGACAUUGCAUUACCAGUAGCCGGAGCAGGUGGUGCCGGCGGAGCAGCAGCCCAAGCUGCCCCAGCAGAAGAGGAAGAAGCUAAACAGCCAGUUGAAGAAAAGACCAUGUUUGCCAUCAAGUUGGAGAGUUUUGACGCCAAGUCUAAACCUAAGGUCAUUAAGGAAGUUAAAGGGUUGUUGGGAUUGAGUUUGGUUGAAAGUAAAAAGUUUGUGGAAAGUGCACCAAAGGUGUUGAAGGAGAAUGUUGCAAAGGAGGAUGCUGAGAAGAUAAAGGCCACCUUGGAAGGUUUGGGAGCUAAGGUUGUGUUGGAGUAA